CCCACCUCGUUCUGCCCACCUUCUCCUUUCUCCAUGUAUUGAUCGUAAAGGAAGGAAAUCGGAACUCUAACCUUGGAAAUCUAUGUGAUCCCCUUCGCUGGUCGUCACCGCCGGCCGGAAACAUCGUCCACGCGAUGGGUCGAGACGGGAGGCCUGCGGCGGCGGCGACGGGGGCGAGAAGCUGGAUCUCUAUGGAUUGCACCGGACGCGGAAUUGUCUUGGACGUCGACAAGCACGAGAUCAUGCGGCGCGCGCAGAUCCACGCCCGGGAUAUGAGAAUCAUCGACCCGCUGCUUUCCUAUCCCUCCGCCAUCCUGGGGAGGGAGAAGGCCAUCGUCCUCAAUCUCGAGCAUAUUAAAGCGAUCAUCACCGCGGAAGAGAUAUUGCUAAGAGACCCUUCCGAAGAGAAUGUAACCCCAGUUGUGGAGGAGCUUCAUAGGCGUCUACCGCCUAGUGUUGCUCAUCAAGCAGAGGGCGAAGGGAGAGGCCAGCAUGAAGCAGAAUCUGCCGAAGAAGCUGCGUCUCCAUUUGAGUUCCGUGCUCUAGAAGUUGCUUUGGAAGCUAUAUGCAGCUCACUUGAUGCACGUACAACGGAAUUGGAAAUUGAUGCUUAUCCAGCAUUAGAUGAGUUGACUGCCAAGAUAUGUAGCCGCAAUUUAGAUAGGGUCCGCAAGCUGAAGAGUGCUAUGACAAGGUUGAUUGCUCGUGUCCAGAAGGUAAGAGAUGAACUUGAACGGCUGUUGGAUGAUGACAAUGACAUGGCUGAUCUUUACCUAUCAAGAAAGAUGGCCACAGAAUCUCCAUGUUUGGUUGACUCGGCUGUUUCUGACUUAGCACCCAACUCACCAGUUUUGGUUUCAAAAACAUCUAGAGUAAGCAGGACGAGUGUAGCAACACUUCAUGGGAACGAGUAUAAUGUGGAAGAACUAGAGAUGUUACUGGAGGCAUAUUUUAUACAGAUUGAUGGCUCUUUGAACAGAUUGAACACACUACGUGAAUAUGUUGAUGACACAGAGGACUAUAUCAAUUUUCAGCUUGACAACCAUCGGAAUCAGCUGAUCCAGUUAGAACUAUUUUUAAGUGCUUGCACUGUUAGUUUAACAUUCUAUUCAUUGGUGGGUGGGAUUUUUGGCAUGAACAUCCCAUAUUCAUGGAAUGACAACCAUGGAUACGUCUUCAGUUGGGUGGUUGGUAUUGGAGGACUAUUAUCUGGACUUAUACUUGUUGUUGUUCUAGUUUAUGCCCGUUACAAAGGCCUUAUUGGAGCUUGAUUCCAUAGGGUUCUGGAAAUUGGUUGUUUCACUAGUUUGCUGACUAAUGCUAGUGUUGCAGAAAACCAUGGAAUACGGAAAGCUUUCGUUAAAUGGAAAUCGUGUGACUUUCUCAUUAAUGAGUUGCAAUCAUCUUCAAAUAUGUGCACUUGAAAUUAAUCUUUGCAUUGCUUAAACUUUUUGACUUUUCUUUGAGUUAUUGACCUGAUGGACCUUGAUCAAAUUGUAGUUUGGUUUUAUUGUUUGAAUAAUCUAGCUAUAGAUUGUUCA